AUGGCGGCCGGCACGGGUGGCAGAGAUCAUGGUGCUCCCAUGUUUCGAGGGGCGGCAGUAGGGCUCGAGGACUACCCACCAAAGCCUACCAGUCUCAUCGCGGAGGAGACAUCGCAAGAUAGGAUCGGCGCAGAAGACGAGAUCGAUGGCCCAAGCAAGUCCAGUCUCAAGGAUGCCAGCGAUAUGCGCCGUAUGGGCAAGCAACAGCUUCUUGUCCGGCGAUUCCGCCAGAUCACCAUUGCUGCAUUCAUUGGGACCACAACAUCGGCUUGGGAAUAUGCACUGUUCCUGAUGUCACCUGGAUUGAUCGAUGGAGGGAUGGUUGGCUUGCUGUACAAUGUGCUGUGGAGCUUCUUCGGUUUUGGUGCUAUUUACUUGAGCCUCGCAGAGAUGGCUAGCAUGGCUCCCAUCGGUGGCUCGAUUUACCAUUUGGUGUCUGAGUUUGCGCCGGAGAAGGUGCAGAAGGGCUCGAGCUACAUCACAGGAUGGACCUCGACAAUCGCCUGGCAAGCGGGCUUUGCUCAGGGUGUGCUGCUCGCUGGCACUCUGAUGCAAACCAUUAUCCAGGUCAUGGACGAGAUCUACUCGUUCGCGAAUUGGCAGGGGACGGUAUUGACUUUUGCUGCUAUUCUGAUCUCGUACCUCAUGGGUGUCUACGGUGAGCGGGCUCUGUCAUACUGGCAAGUGCCCAUGUUUGCGAUUGGGACGAUAGCAUACUUUGCGUUCAUCGUUCCUGUAUGGGUCAAUGCGCCAAAAGCUUCACAUAAGGCCGUCUGGACUGGGGUUUCGAACACCGGUGGAUGGCCGGACAUGACUCUUGCGGUAUUGGUUGGUCAGCUGUCAGGUAUCAGUAUGCAGACCGGAGUCGACACGGCGGCACAUAUGGCCGAAGAGGUCAGAGACGCUGCCAUUGUCGUCCCUCGCGCCAUGAUCACUAUCUUCUUGGUCGACGUUGCGCUUAUGUUCCCCCUUCUCGUCACCGUCUGCUACCACCUACCCGACGUGCAAGCCGCACUGGAUGAUCCCACGGAUUACCCUGCCACCUGGAUCAUGCGACAAGCCAUCAAAGUGGAUGCCCAACGGAGUAUACCCGUAAGCGCCAACAUCUUCUCGUGCGCUCUCUCCGCCAUCCUAGCGCUUAUCUACAUCGGCAGCCCAGUCGCCUUCUACGCCGUUACCUCACUCAAUACGGUCUCCCUUCUGCAAUGCUACGUCUUCGCCAUCGGCUGCGUGCUUUGGCGUCGCCUCACAAGGCCAGAAACGCUACCUCCGGCACGCUUCUCGCUGGGCAGAUGGGGAAUGCCAGUGAACGUGGCGGCCAUGCUCUACUCGGUAUGGAGCUUCUUCUGGUGCUUUUGGCCGCAAGCUCAGCCUGUCAACGGCGUCCGGGUUCAACUGGGCUGGUCCGCUGUACGUCCUAGCACUCAUUGUGUCGGCACUAUACUAUUUCAGGGCCAAACACCGCUACGACGGGCCGGUGACUAG